AUGGAAGAGGGGGAAGGGACCGGUAUGGGCACUGGUACAGUUUUCGAGACUCGGACUCAAGACUCGGAAAGCCAAGCUAUAUUACCUGCUCCAUCGCUGCCACCUUUCCAACAUCACCCGCCAACGCGCAACACGACGAGCUCAUUGCUUGUCGUGGGCACUGGCGUGCACCCUAUCACGACCAAGGUGUCCGCCAAUACCACCAAAGUGUGCUCGUCGAGUACGCCGAGCCCCCCGCUCGAUGUACACAACGAGACCAUCCCUCGUGAUGAUGCCACCAUCAACACAUCAAGCGGCAUGGUCGGUGUGCAGUCUAGCACGACCGACACACCCAUUCCUAUCGCGACGACAGGUCUGUCGAGUACGCAGAGCUCGUCACUCGAUGUACUCAGCGAGACUGAUGGCUUCAGCAACGCGUGCAGUGCGAACCCUCACGCUUCCCCCUCCAGCGAGACUCGAUCGUCGAGCACUGCGAGCCCCUCGCUCACGCACGUCGAGUGGCCUGUCGACGUCAACAUUGACUACCGCUGCUGCUCCAACCACACGCAAGCCAGUUUUGGUCGACCAGCGCGAGAGCAAAAGCUCAACGAUGUUCAGUACAUCCAACUCAACGGAUGUACUGGUCUCAUCUCGUUCGACAGCUCCGCCAACGGACCUGGCGACUCAUUCGACUAG